AGUGAUCAAAAAAAUCAAAACAAAUCCAUGUGGAAAAUAAAUUUCUUUAAAGUAUGUAAAAAGUAAAUUUAUUGAAUUUAUUGAUGUUCUAAAGUAGUGAAAUGAAUUAUAUACAAGUUAAUCAUUGUUCUUGAUUUCAACAUCAAUAUUUAAUAGUCAUUUAAAUGGUUGAUAAAUAAAAUUUGUUUAAAAAGUGAAAUUUGAAACUUUUGUUCUAAGUUCAUCACCAAUAAAGUAAACAAAUCAACAUAAAUGUUACGAAAAGUCCCUCUGAUUGUUAUACUUGGUUCAACUGGAACGGGUAAAACUAAAUUAUCAAUAGAAUUAGCUCGUCGUUUUAAUGCCGAAAUAAUAUCUGCUGAUUCUAUGCAAGUAUAUAAAGGACUGAGUAUAGCAACAGCUAAAGCUACUUCACAUGAACGCUCUCAAGCCAUCCACCAUAUGCUCGACGUAGUAACAACUAAUGAACCUUUCACUGUUACACAUUUUCGAGACAUGGUUCUUCCCAUAAUUGACAACUUGAUACAAAGUUCUAAAAUGCCUAUAAUCGUUGGUGGCACAAACUAUUACAUUGAAAGCAUUUUAUGGCACAACUUAGUUUCGCCUGGAGUUGGAAAAAGAAAAAAUCUGUUGAGCGAUGAAAAGCUUCAUGGAUUGGAGGAAGAAGUCCAAAAUUUUCUGCAGAAUUCUUCGUUGGAUGAUCUAAUGGCUAACAUGGAGUCAAUAAAACUUUAUGAAUAUCUGAAACUAAUCGAUCCACCUAUGGCUAAUCGGCUUCAUCCAAAUAACAAGCGAAAAAUAAUGAGAGCAUUAGAAGUUUUUAAGGAUCAUGGCGAGCGAUUGAGCGACAUACUUAAGGAUCAAAGAAGAUUGCCAGGCGCUUCGAUCUUAGGUGGACCUCAACGUUUUCAAAAUGUGAUUAUCUUCUGGCUGCAGUGUGAGCAAGAAACACUGAAUCAGCGUCUGGACGCCAGAAUAGAUUCAAUGGUUAAAGAUGGACUGCUGAAAGAAAUAAGAACGUUUUAUGACGAACAUGUGAGUGAUCGCAACGAUAUCGAUUAUGAAAAAGGCGUUCUACAAACGAUUGGUUUCAAGGAAUUCAUACCAUACCUGGAAGCAUAUGAUAAGACAAAUGACGACUUGAUUGAUCAUUUUGUUAAUGCAUCCGAGUCAUGUGAAAAACCACAAGGUUGGAAGAUGCUUGAAGAAUGUUUGGAAGAAUUGAAACUCGUCACAAAGAGAUAUUCAAAGAAACAAUUAAAGUGGAUAAGAAAUCGCUUCUUAGGUCGAGAUGUUGGAGCAGUUCCACUUGUUUAUCCUUUAGACACGAGUGACGUUAAACUUUGGAAUGAUAAUGUCAUGAAUCCUGCAUUUGAAGCUGUCGAAGAUUACUUAAAUGAAAGGUCAAUAAAAAUUCAUCCCGUGGAGAAGAUUCAACGACUAGUCGAAGGAUCUAAUGAAGAAACGUCAUUUUUCUGCGAUGUCUGUAAACGAGUUUUUAUUGGCGAUUAUCAGUGGAAGCUUCACAUGAACUCAAACAAACAUAAACGUGCAAUAGCUGGAAUGAAAAAACGGGAAAAGCUUCUACAACAAGAAGCAAAUGUUGCCAAAGAAACGACUGAUAAUUAACAUCUAGAGUUCGAUGGGCUAUCUCAUCCUUGUAGAUUCAUUUAUUUGUUGUAUAACUCAUUCAUAUUGUUUUAACUUACAAUAAAUACUUUUCUUAUAUCUCAUUCGUUAUUUGUCUCAUUAUAUAUUUAAUAAUUUUAGUGUUAUCAGUUUUCUUCUUCAUGUUGUCUAAUGCGCUACAAUUAAAAUCACAACAAUAACGUAUAGGUAGGUAAUGAUUAGCUCAAAUAAUUUCGGAGCUUGCAUAAGGAUUUCUUACUUCAUUUUAAAUAUUUUCUUUUAAAGUGUUUCUAUGAACUGUUGUUGAGAUUAUGCAGGCAGAUUUCACUCUUCUGAAUACGUAUGUACAUCAUUUAUGAAUAUUGUCACUUUUUAUUUGAUCUGCUUUGAAGUCUGUAGCAUAGAAUAAAUAUUCAAGUUCGUAGACUUCAGCGUACGAUAAAUUAUUGUCUUG